AUGGCUGGAGUCUACAGAGAGUCGACCCGGGUUUACCGGGAGCCGACCGACUACUCAUCCGAUGAAGACCGAUACAAGUCCACUACUGUCCGCCGUUACAAAGUAGGAGGACCCAGGCGCGUUGACACGGUCGAGCGCACAGAGCGAGUCGAAAUUGAUGACGACGACCGCCGAUCCCGAUAUUCAGGCUACCCGCUGCGCAACUCCGGCGAAUAUGGCUAUGCCCCCGAGCGUCCACGCUCCGCAUAUGAGUCUCGGACCCAGGUUGUCGAGCGCCAGGUAGUUGAGCGCGAGCGUGAGCGCGAUGUCGUUGACCCCUAUAGAGGCGAGGCUCGUAGUGUCGUCUCGCAAAUCAACUACGAGCGUGAGCGUGAGCGUGGACGCUUCGACGACAACCGUUUCGACGAUGUCCGCAGUGUUGCCGACAACCGAAGUGUCAUUGAGGUUGAACGUGAACGCGAGCGCGAGCGAGUCGACUGGGACCGCCGCUCCAGAGGAUCCUGGGAUCAUCACCACCAUCACCACCACGAGCCCGAGACAGAAGUCCGCGUCGACAAGCGUGUAGAGCGCCGCGAGGACGGUGACGUCAAGGUUGAGAAGCGUGUCGAGGAAUACCGAGACGAUCAUGGUGGAGCAGAAGUCGAGAGAUACCGCAAGGAGACCGAAUACUACUCUCCUAUCAGCCCCCCGCCUAUUCCCCAGCCUGUCAUUAUCCGCCAACAGGCACCCGAACCCCAGAAGAUCAUCGUUCAGGAGGCGCCCGCACCCGCUCCCAUUAUUGUCCCUCGUCAAGACCCUGGCAUCGUCGUUUUGAGAGAGCGUGAGGCUCCUCGCGAAAUGGUCCGUCGCGAGCCUCGCGAGGAUGAGUACUACUACCGCCGGGAGACCAAAGACGUCGGUCCCUACCGCCGGGACGAACGUGAGUAUCAUUAUGACCGCCGAGGACGUGGCCGGGACUACAUCAGCGACGAUGAAGACUACUACAUGAAGCGAACCGUCAUCCGCCGGAACAGGAGCUCCAGCUCUGACCACCACCACAAGCGCCAUCUUGCGGAAGGAGCUCUUGCCGGUGCCGGCAUUGCAGCGCUCGCUGCAAGCCGGAGAGACAGCCGUGGCGAAAUAGCCUCCAACCGCGGAAGCAAAGUGCUUGCAGGCGCUGCCAUCGGUGGUUUGGGCACGGAAAUCAUCCGACGAGCUCGUAGCGCAUAUGAAGAUACCUACCAUGACGAUCACUACAGGUCUCGUUCGAGAUCCCGCAGCCGCAGCUCUAGGAUCAAGACUGGCCUGGGCAUUGCCGCUGCUGCCCUCGCAGUAGCAGGUGCGGCCAAGUACUACCAGAGCGGCAAGAUCGAAAAGGAAGAACUGCGCCGUGGCCGGAGCAGAAACCGAGGUUACUCUGUCUCGAGCUACUCGGUGUCUAGGUCUCGCAGCCGUAGCCGCAAGAGCCGCAAGAGCCGGAGUCGGUCCGUUGCCAAGGCUGCAGCUGCAACAGCUGCCGCUGCUGGUCUGGUACAACACUUCCGCAACAAGUCCAAGUCCAGGAGCCGUUCGCGGUCCAAGUCUCGCAUCAGGACUGGAGCGGAGGUUGUUGCCGCUGGCUUAGCUGGAGGUGUGGCAAGUAAGAUUUAUAAGAACCGCAAGGAAAAGAAGGACCGUGAACUGGAUCGCGAACUGAGCGACCAGGAGUACGAGGAAGAAACCCGACGGGAACGGCGUGAACAUCGUCGGUCGCGCAGCAGGUCUCAGGCCCGCUCUGUAUAUUCCGAGCCGCGCAGCGCUGAUCCUGAGCUAGGCUUAGUUGAGUACGGGACUUCACCGCUGCCGACCGAUCCGCCGUACCCGCCUGAUGAUGGGUACGAGUCUGCAGCGAACGAGAGGCGACGCCGUCGACACCGACGUAUGUCGGGCGAUGAUUACGACGAACCCGAGCCAGCGAAGAAGAGGAGCAAGAGUCGGUUGAGAGACAUGGCAGCAGCAGCAGUGGGGACGGGGGCCGCUGCUAUCGGAAUUAAGCAGUAUCAGAAGAAGAAGGAGAAGGACGAGGACCGCAGGUCGAGGGAACGGAGCGCCAGAUCCCGCUCCAGAGAUAGGUCAAUCUCCCGUGACAGAGCCCACUCACGAGACCGGGCAUACAGCAGGGAACGAAGCACAGACCGACUGAGGAAUAGGGACCGUGAAAGGGACCGCAAGAGGUAUGAAGACACUGCUCGAGAUGAUGGGUACUACGACGACUACAGUCGUCCACCGUCGCCGCUUCAUGCAUCUGGCGGUUCUUACUAUCCGCCGCCGCCGGCCGCCUCUGCGGGCUUCACUCAGCAUCCCAACAUCUCGACUUCCAACUUGAGGGACCAGUACCCGCCGUACCCCCAAGAAUACCCUCCAGGGCCACCAAUGGGGCCUUCCCCGCCUAUGGCUACCGGAGGUGCUGGAGGCUACCCUCCCCCUCCGCCUUCGGGUGGUCCCCCGCCGGGAACGAGAUUCGGUCCUGACCAUCCAGCCGGUCUGGGCCGUGAGGGUGGGUUGAUCUAA